CUGAGGAGCGGAAGCGGGGAGGCGGGGCGAGGCCCGACCAGCGAGCGGAAGAGGCCCGGGCGGCUGGGUGAGGCGACGAGACGGUUUGGCGGUGAGUCUUGUGCUAGGCGCAGGUCACAGCACCAGAACCCGGGAGACGCCAAAACAAACCGAAGGACUUGCGAUUUCCAAGCAGUCGCCGCCGCCGCUGCUGCUGCCUGUGCCACCGCGGAAGUCACCGUCCCCACCGCCAGAGAAGGCGGCCCUGAGAGGCCUCCAGGCCUAGGCGCGGCCCGCGGAGCCGGACGUGUUGCUGCCGUGAGUAAAAGGAGCGCCCUCCACGAUCACUUACAGAUUAAAAUGGAGGAAAUUUCGUUGGCUAACCUGGAUACUAACAAGCUAGAGGCCAUCGCGCAGGAGAUAUACGUAGAUCUGAUAGAGGAUUCCUGUUUGGGAUUCUGCUUUGAGGUUCACCGGGCAGUCAAGUGUGGCUACUUCUACCUGGAGUUCGCGGAGACUGGUAGCGUGAAGGAUUUUGGCAUUCAGCCAGUGGAAGACAAAGGAGCGUGUCGCCUCCCGCUUUGCUCCCUUCCUGGAGAACCUGGGAAUGGGCCUGCCCAGGAGCUGCAGCGCUCACCUCCUGAAUUCCAGUAGCUGCAACAUGAGAGAGUCUGAGAGUGACCAAGACAAUAACAUAGACUGGUCCUGUGGCUUGGAAGAGUAAGCGUAAAAAAAAAAAAAAAAAAGACAAAAGUCCUAAUUCCCCUUGACGAUCCUAGCAUUUUAAAACCCAAAGUGGUGGAGAAUUUAGGAAUUCAGAUCCUUUUUUUAAGUGUAUUUCCUGGGGUCAGAUCUGAAACCCUGGGCUGGAGGAGCCACACAGUCUGCAUAUUGAUCUCUAAAACACCAGGAUGUGCACAAGAUCCUGUAGUACCCCCCAGUGCACAGGUGAGCAGUUGUUUGCCCAGCAUAUAAAAUCCUUUGGGUUUCCUCAGCCUUUUGUCUGCCUGAUAUCAAGGGCCUCCUGGACAGUAUGGACAUUACUGUUGGUCAGGCCAUAAUCAGUGGCCUUCAAUGGGACUGCUCCUCUGAUCUGUGAGCCUUUGAUUUGAGUUUCUCUGAAUUAAAGGUGUGCGAUCUGGAUACUAACAAUUUCAGUUUGGGAAAACCAAGAAUAAAAAUUCCCAAUCAAAUUUGAUAGGAGUGUUCUGUCUGUGGCCUUGACUUCGACAAGAAGAAACAUCGAAAUCGCCUGUUUCCCAAAGGUCCUGCAUUUACAAUGAUUUCAACCGACUUGGGGACAAGGCCUAGCCUUUGGCUUAGCAGAGCCCUCUUUCUUUCUUGCCUGGUGGCAUAGGCUUGGCAAAUGGACGUCUUAGUUGUCCCAGACAGGCUGAGGAUUAAGUUAUGAUCCCCUAGGGAGAUAGCAGGGACCUCUGCAACUAUGCACGAUCUCUCUAACUGCAAGAUUCAUAUCUGGAUGUAUUAUGCUGUGGACAUGUGUUUGGUAGGGCAUUCAUUACUUACUCUGAGUUACUGGUUACCUAGCCAGUCUGUGGGUGUGACUUGGCCAUUAUGCCAGGUUACUACCUGCCUCCCACUCCAGGGCAGGACUGAACUAUAGAAGAACAUUAUGGCUGUGCAGGUGGCUGUGGCUUAAAAACUGAGCCCAGAGGAGGCCUCUUCCAGCUGUCCUCGAUAAUGUGAAUGAGUUAGUGCUAGGAGCCAAGGAGCAGAACUGUGUCAUCUCUCAUCUGACUGUGUUUAGAGUCUUGUUGAAUGCCCAUGUUCCUUUGGUUGGGCAGUUAGAACUUGGCUAUAGUGAGUAUCCAAACUGUCACCGCCUUCUCUGCUCCUCAUAAGGGGCAGUCCUUUCCACUCAGUCCCCCAGAUCUUUUUGACAACAAGAGCUGUCUUUUUAUUGUUGGAAGUCAGGGAAAGACCUCCAGAAUUCCUUGGCUUCAGGGAAUGGGAUAGGGAAGGAUGGGAAGUAAGAGCCACAUAUCAAAACUACCCUCCACUUUACUCCUUGAGCAAGGUUUAUGAAGUGUAAAGGAGUGGGAGCCCCAAGAUGAGCAAGAACCGGUGCUGCUUUAUUUGAAAUGUUUUCUUACCUCAUUCUGUGCUCCAAUAAGGGUUCUAGCCUCAUGUGUCUGGCUUGGCUCCAUGUUCCUCCUGUCCCUUGCUCCACUGCCUAUCUGGUGCGGCUCAUGACCCCAGGUGCUGCUUGCCACUCCAGCUUUCACAUUUACCAGUUUCAAUUCAUCUCUUUUAAUGCUACUGCUUCUGAAACCUGCCCAGGUUCCUUUCCCUUGACCUCCUUUAAGAUUUUUGUUUUUGUUUUUUCUGUUUUUGUGGAAGAUUCAGAGGAAAAUCUUACAGCUUUCUCUGUUGGGGUUGGAAUUGGAAGAAAACUUAAUUUUUUGUAUUUAAAAGGUAGUGUCAUGCCUUAGCAUUUCUCUUAAAUAGGACUGCCUUGCUACUAUGCUCUCCUGGUGUGUCUUACUUCAUGAGAACAACUAUCUUCCCACCUUUGCUGGAUACUGCCUCUUAGGACCUAAGCAGAAGAGCAGUAAAGGCUGAUGGACACACACAGGGAUGGAGUUGGUUCUUCCCCAUUCUCUAACCCUUAUUGUGCAUGUAUCCUUCCUUAUCCCAGAAGAGACUAUGGACUGUGGACUGUUUUAGGUUAAAUACUUGAGAGGGUUAAAGAAAUAGAGAUUGGUCUUUGAGAUUAUUACUACUUUCUUCCCACAGAGUCUUGAUCAGAAUUGGGGCCUGGUUACAGAUUAAUCCAAGAAUCGUGAUAACUUUUGAAAAAUCAAAGUUUGGCAGGAGCUAAAAUAAUUUUAUUUUUGCCCUUUUUGUUAGACAUUUCCCAUUUCCUAAGAGGAUACAGAGGGAAAGGAGGGUCUAAAUGAGACUAGCUUAUUUCAAAACAGUGUCUUGGAAGCAGGAUGAAGGUAAGGGAGAAAGGCCAUGGUCCAAUCACUCUUGCUUCUGAUAGAGAACUCAGGUCUCAGACCGUAUUAUUACUGUUUUCUUUCUGGCCUUUUCUUCAGACCAGAGGAGAAAGAAAUGGGAAGUAGUUUUGAGUAAUGGUUCACAGUACCUUCUUUUUGGCUUUAUUUUCCACCCUCUUUCUACCAAAAGGGCAAUAGCCCCUGCCCUGGAUGGGUAUAAGGUGGGCUUGGUCUGACAGGUACCCUGAGGAAACAAACUUUUUUUGGAGGAGAGAUACUCCCUACCAUGUAGUUGACAGUGGUUAGGAACUCUCCUUUUCCCUACCUACCUUCCCUCUAACAACAGAAUUCCUGUCCUCUCCUUGAUUAAGUGUAUUGAUCACCCUGUAAUCCUAUUAUGUAUCUGAGUGUGUGUGUGUUAUGGGGGAAAGGGGUUCUUUAAAAUUUCUGUGGUUUGUGGCUUUUUCUUCCAUACAUUAGUUUCUACCACCGCAUGCCCAGGGACCACUGCCUAGCAUUAUCGCAUGCUGGGAUCAUUGGGGGAGGGUAGUGAAGCUCACCACUGUCCUUUGUUUUGGAGAUUCUUAUUUUUGCAUAAGUAGUCCAUUCUAUACAGAUAGCUGACUAACUGUGUAUUCCCCUUGCCCCUAUGGCUGCUGGUGUAAAUAAACUGCAUCUCCCCAAUGGUAAACAAUAACAAUAAACAAAAUUUUAAAAAAUGA